AUGGCAAUUCCACUCCCUGUUUCAUGGCUUUUAUUUUUGUUCUCCAUCUACUCAUCUUUAUUCUUCUUCGGCCAUCAUGUUGUUGUGGUCGUGGGUGGCACUGGCCAAAAUUGUCUAAGCCAUCAACAAUCUUUGUUGCUUCAACUCAAGCAUACCCUCACCUUCAACACAACCACGUCCAAAAUUCUGGUGCAUUGGAAUCAAAGCUCUGAUUGCUGUAACUGGCCAGGUAUAAGCUGUGAUCAUGAAGGACGUGUCACUGGUCUAAAAUUGAGCAACGAAUCCAUUUCCGGUGGAAUUGACAAUAAUUCUACCCUUUUCAACCUUGCUUAUCUCCAGAUCUUGGAUUUGUCUCUUAACGACUUAAACUCUACCAUUCCAUCAAGGAUAGGUAACCUCACAAAUUUGAGUUAUCUGAAUUUCUCAAAUUCGGGCUUCAUGGGACAAAUCCCAAAACAGAUAUCACGCCUCUCAAAGUUGGUCAAUCUUGACUUAUGCAGUUAUUCUGUUUAUUAUGAUUUUGGUGAAAUGUAUGAGACUUACAAUCCGAGUCCCCUUCAGAUCCCAAAUUUGGGGAUGUUGGUUGGAAACAUGACCAAACUUGAAGAAGUAUACCUUGAUGGUGUAAAUAUAUCAGCACCAGGGAAUGAGUGGGGUAUGGCCCGCUUAUCAUCUUCUUCACUGCCUCAUCUGCGAGUUUUGAGCUUGAGAGAUUGUUAUCUUUCUGGGCCUAUUCCUCGGUCGCUUGCCAAGCUGAAAUCUUUAUCAAUUAUUCGACUGGAUGACAAUUACGAUUUGUCUUCCCGAGUUCCAGAAUUCUUCGCGAAUUUCUCAAACUUGACUUCCUUGUCUCUCGGGGCUUGCAACUUGUCUGGAACGUUUCCUAAAGAGAUCUUUCAGGUACAAACAUUAAGGACUCUGGAAUUAUCCUUCAAUGACUUGCUGCAGGUUUCUUUGUCAGAGUUACCCAUGGAUAGUCAUCUUCAAAGUCUGGUGAUAUCCGGCACAAAUUCAUCAGGAGGGAGAUUACCUGCUUCUAUCGGUAACCUUGUGCGGUUAUCAACGUUAGAUGUUUCCGGUUGUGGUUUCAGCGGACCACUUCCAAACUCAAUCACAAACCUCACUCAACUUGUUCAUCUUGGUUUAUCACGUAACUACUUCAACGGAACAUUUCCAGAUUCUAUAACAAAGCUUACCCAACUUGUUGACCUUGAUUUAUCAUCUAACAACUUCAACGGAACAUUUCCAGAUUCUAUAGCAAAGCUUACCCAAAUUGUUUACCUUGAUUUAUCAUCUAACAACUUCAUUGGUCCAAUCCCAUCUUUUCAUAUGUUCAAGAAUUUAACCGGAAUAGACCUCUCCAGUAAUCGCUUCAUUGGUCCAAUUCCAUCAACUCAGUGGGAAGGCCUUCUGCACCUUGUCUACGUUGACUUGAUGAAUAAUUCCCUCAAUGGAAACAUCCCUUCAUCUCUGUUUGCCCUUCCAUCUGUUGAUUUCAUUGACCUUUCGUACAAUGAAUUUAGUGGUCAGCUUCUUGAAUUUCCAAAUGCAUCUUCCUCAGUAUUACGUUGUAUUGAUUUGGGUAGCAACAAACUCCAAGGUACUAUUCCCAUGUCAAUCUUCAAACUCAGAAACCUCGAGUAUCUCAUACUCUCUUCCAACAAAUUCAAUAGUACCAUAGAGCUCGAUAAUAUGAUUCACGACUUUUCCAAUCUUUAUUACCUUGACCUUUCCUAUAACGAUUUAUUAUUAUUCGUUGGUUCAAGUGGUGAUAAUAAUUCUAAUUUCUCUUAUUUUCCCCAAUUGAAUUAUUUAAACCUUGCUUCUUGCAAACUCGGAGUAUUUCCUGAUCAAAUUAAGAACCUGCCACAGCUGUCGGGAUUGGACCUUUCAAAUAACCAAAUUUAUGGGGAGAUACCUAGUUGGGUUUGGAAAGUUGGGGGUGGUCCUUAUACAGCUCUGAAUCUUUCACGUAAUCAGCUGGUAGGCAUGCAAGAACCAUAUUCUCUUUACAAUGUUUCUUCCCUCGAUCUUAGUUUUAACCGGUUCCAGGGGAAGAUUCCCAUUCUACCACUCUAUGCUGACCACAUAGAUUUGUCUAGCAAUAAUUUUACAUCUUCCAUUCCAUCUGACAUUGGUCUAAACCUUAGUUAUACUUCUUAUUUAUCCCUCUCAAACAAUAGCCUUACUGGAGUUAUUCCUAAAUCCAUAUGCAAUGCAAGUGAUCUACAAGUUCUUGAUCUGUCCAACAACACUUUGAACGGCAAAAUACCAAGGUGUAUCAUUGCAAUGAAUCAGACCAUUCUGGUGAGCCUUCGAGGGAACAACUUGAAAGGCCCAAUUCCUGAUGCAUUUCCUUUUUAUUGCAGUUUGAAGACCCUAGAUCUUAAUGGAAACUUACUGACAGAUAGGAUUCCCAAAUCUCUAGGCAAUUGCAGUGCUUUGGAACUUUUAAACCUUGGGAACAAUCAAAUGGUGGACAGCUUUCCAUUAUUAUUGAAAAACAUAUCCACCUUACGUGUCCUUAUUUUGCGCUCGAACAAAUUACAUGGGUGCAUUACAUGUCCAAACGGCAUUGGUGAUUGGCCAGCGAUUCAAAUUGUGAAUGUAGCUUCCAACAAUUUCAGUGGUGAACUACCAUUCCAAUGCUUAUCAAAAUGGCAUGCAAUGAUGGCAGUUGGAGAUGGUGGCCAAUCCCAACUCAGAGAUCCAAGUGUCGUAACUGAAGCGAUGCCUCCAGCGAGUGCCAAUUUUAAAGAUGCAGUGACUGUUACCAACAAACGUCUAGAGAUGGAGCUAAUAAAGAUACCGCAAGGAUUCACCUGCAUUGACUUUUCAAGCAACAACUUCAAUGGCAAAAUCCCAAAAGAACUGGGACAACUCGAAGCUCUCAUGGUACUCAACUUGUCCAAUAAUGCUCUCAGCGGUCAUAUCCCUUCAUCUUUUGGCAAAUUAAAGCAACUCGAGUCUCUAGACCUCUCGAGAAACUACUUGAAUGGGGAAAUCCCGGCAUCACUUUCAAACUUGAAUUUCCUUCAAGUUCUGGACCUUUCCCAUAAUCGACUUUCUGGAAGAAUCCCCAAGGGUACUCAAAUUCAGACGUUUUCAGCUGAUUGUUUUGAGGAAAAUGACGGACUAUGUGGGCCUCCAUUGACACCAAAUUGCAGCAAUGAUGUGGCAAAUGUACUGCCAAAAACACCUCCUGAAGCCAGACAUUCAAACUCUGGCACUGAGAUAAGAUGGGAUCUGAUAGGUGCUGAAGUUGGAUUCGUUGUUGGGUUUGGAAUUGUGAAUGGGCCUCUUGUGUUUUCCAGGAGAUGGAGGAAAUGGUAUUAUGAUCAUGUUGAGGACAUUGCAUUUAAGAUUUUACCUCAGCUACUUCUAAAGAAAUGGUUGUCAUGGAAGAUGCGAAUACGCAAAUAA